CGAAGGAAGAGCGCAGGUGGGUGUUCCCGCGAGACCUUGGCCUUCAGGUGGGAGUGGCGCUCCGGUUUCCUGUUGUGUCUAUGCCAGUUCCCCAAGUGAAUCUUCCAGCACUAGGAUCCACCUGCAGCCAGUGCUGGACAGGGAGAGGGGCCGCCUUGCAAGAGCUGAACCUGCAAACCCAAACAUUGGUGAGCAGUGAGCAUUGUGCCCCCUAAGCCACCUAUUCUCUCUCGGCCAGUGAAGGACCCAGGCAGGGGUCUGAGGGCUGUUGGGAGGAUCAGAGUUGAGGUUUAUGAGAAGUUCUUACAGAAAACUCCAGCAGCUCUAGGGUAGACAGUGGAUUCGCCCGGACAGACCUGAGAACACCAAAGGAGCCUUCACUUCACAUAGGAUUCCUGGAUACCUGAGAAACACACACACAGUGAUCAGCCACACCCUCCCCACUGGAGACAGAACACCUGGGUGGCCCCUGGGUUCCAGCAAGGCCAGGGGAAGAGCAAGACACUCCAGGGCUGGGAGAGGAGGGCGGUGGUUCGCCACUUUGCUGAACAGCUGGAGGGUGAGAAAGUUCUAUACCCAUGAAUUGGCCUCCUGUAGUUCCAAUGCUUGUUCUUCAUGACCCCUGCAGCCAACCCAUGAGGUGGGCCCUCCUUGCCAAAAAAGGCUACCAGGAGCAGGACCUGGACCCCCAGAUUUCUGUCAUCACCAAACUCAAAGGGGUUUCCGUAACCCAGAUCAAGGAGCUGGGGAACCGGCUGUGGGAUGUGGCUGACUUCGUGAAGCCGCCACAGGGAGAGAACGUGUUCUUCUUGGUGACCAAUUUCCUUGUGACGCCAGAACAAGUUCAGGGCAGAUGCCCAGAGCACCCCUCCAUCCCGCUGGCUAGCUGCUGGGCCAACCAGGACUGUCCUGAAGGGGAGACAGGGACCCACAGCCACGGCAUAAAAACGGGCCAGUGCGUAGUGUUCAACGGGACCCACAGGACCUGUGAGAUCCGGGGCUGGUGCCCAGUGGAGAGUGGUGCUGUGCCUGUGAAGCCCCUGCUGGUCCAGGCCGAGAACUUCACGCUGUUCAUCAAAAACACCAUCACCUUCAGCAAGUUUAACUUCUCCAAGUCCAAUGCCUUGGACACCCAGGACCCAACAUAUUUCAAGCGCUGCCGCUACGACCCGCGCUCCAGCCCCUCCUGCCCUGUGUUCCGCAUCGGGGACCUUAUGGCGGCAGCUGGAGGGGUCUUUGAGGACCUGGCGUUGCUGGGCGGUGCCAUGGGCGUCCACGUCCACUGGAACUGCGACCUGGACGCCAGGGGCUCUGACUGCUGGCCCCACUACUCCUUCCAGCUGCAGGAGAGGAGCUACAACUUCAGGACGGCCACUCAUUGGUGGGAGUCCUCGGGUGUGGAGGCCCGGAGUCUGCUAAAGCUCUACGGGAUCCGUUUUGACAUCCUCGUCACUGGGCAGGCAGGGAAGUUCGGGCUCAUCCCCACACUCAUCACUCUGGGCACAGGAGCAGCUUGGCUGGGCGUGAUCACCUUCCUCUGUGACAUGCUGCUGUUGUACGUGGAUGGAGAAGCUCAUUUCUACUGGAGGACCAAGUAUGAGGAGGCAAAAGCUCCAAAGGUGACCACCAGCCCUGAGGAGACAAAACCGGCAUCUGCACCCCUGCACCUGGCUGCCCAGGCUCCUUAGAGGGGGCCCAGCGCCUGUCCCAACGUCCAGGGCUGCUACCAGGAGCUGGACACCAAAGCCUUGGCCCUGGUGCCCGCUUGCUGGCCCAUUCCUGAGGCCUGUUCCCUGCUGUCGGGGGUCGGGGCUGGGAAGGGAGGGGCCUCGCCUUGGGAACUUCAUGGAUGGAGCCCCAGCAGGACCAGGGCAGGGAGUGGGAGAAUUCCAUCCUUCAACUCCCAGGCACACUGUCCCUACCCUGACUCUGGCCUCGGCAGGGUACUGCCCAGGGAGCAGCAGAAGCCGCUAUUGCACAGAGACCUGCAGCAGAACAUGUCCCAGGGCGCUGGUCACAAGGGCUCCAGCUGUGUCUGGAGAACUCUCUCCCAGCUCUGUCACCAGGGCUUCCAGCAGCAGCUCACUCACCAGUGGUCAGCACAGACCCUCCACUGGCUGUGCAGACUCUAGCCCUCUCCCCCGGCAGCACCCCCAUUGUAGGUAGAGCCCCCACCCUCUCAGCGCUGUUCCAGGGUCUGUGCUGCCGUAGUCUAGGGCAGGGUAGAAAGAGGUCUGAAAAAAGGGCUGUCUCUGCUGCUCUGGUGCUGGGUACCUGGGGCUCGUCCCCACCCAGUUUGGGGGGGCUCAUCCAUGGAAUUCAGACUGGGGCAGGCAGAUGACCCAACCCACUAGGACCCAGCAAUGGCACAUGCACCAGCCCUUCCCAGUGGCAGCCCUCAGACUGUGGAGGGCUGGGAUUGGGAGAAGAGGAUGGAGAAGCUGAGUUGGUGGUCAUUGGGUCCUUUGGGACCGUCUGUGUGCUCCUUGGUGACACCCAGCCCAACCUCCUGGAACUUGUGGGGGUGGGGAGAAUGUAUAUCUGGAAUUCACUGCUACCCAAGGUCACACACCUAAGAACCAGCCCGAGGCAACUGCUCGAAGGAGGCCUUGUCCUUCGCUUCGGGUGGAGCCCAGUGGAUAGAAGGAAUGCCCCAAACAAAUUCCAGAGGCCCCCAGCAGGCUGGCCUGGAUCUGGCUGUGACGUCCUCACAGGGUGUGAGUCCUGCCCGCUGGAGAACUCCCCAGGCGGCAGGGAGCCUACAGCUGGGAGGGAGGGACUGGCUGCAGGGGUCUGACCCUGUCUUGGCCCCAGGGCAGCAGCAGGGGUUUGGGAGUGCCCACCUGAGAGGCGAGGGGCUGCUUUCUCACGGGGCCGGUGACUAGGCAUGCUGGCCGCUUGCCGGGGCAGU